AUGCAGAAGCCCAUGGAGAAAUCCCAAAACUUCCGCAUCGACGCCCUCCUGGCCGAGGAGCCGGCCCGGCCGGUGUCCAGCGUCUCCCCGGAGAGCUCAGCCGGGAGUCCCGGCGCCUGCCUGCGGACCGAGACGCCCUCUCCCUGCGCGCCGCCGGGCUUGGUCCCUCUGCCCGCCGCCGCCUUCAUCCCGAAGCCCGGCUUGCUGAACCUGCCUCCGCCGGCGCUCGGCGGCUUGCCAGCCAUCUACCCGCCCCCGCUUUACCCCAUCCCAGCUCUGGCAGGCCAGCACUCCGCCUUCGCCUACCCCGCCGCUUUCCCCCCGCUGUCGCAGCCGGGAGUCGAACCUCUGAAGGCGGCCGUGGGGGUCGGUUCCUUCCCGCUGGAGCACUGGAUUCGAGCCGGGAUCAUGGCGCCCCGCUUCCCGGAUUUCCACGGUUCCCCACCAACCAACCUGAUGGGAAAAUGCCGUAGACCUCGAACAGCUUUUACCAGCCAACAGCUGCUGGAGCUGGAGAACCAAUUCAAAAUCAACAAGUAUCUUUCGCGGCCCAAACGUUUUGAAGUGGCCACAUCACUGAUGCUAACGGAGACACAGGUGAAAAUCUGGUUCCAGAACCGCAGGAUGAAGUGGAAGCGAAGUCGGAAGGCCAAGGAGCAGGUCACCCAGGCUGAAGUGGAGAAGCAGAGAGUGGCAAGCAAGGCUCCAGAGAAACUGCUGCCUGGAGAGGCGCCAGGGGAAGAGGACGAAGAAGAGAGCUGCGGUGACGAGUGUAAGAAACACAGGGCCAGUGUGCAAUUCCUGCACCGUGAUGCCGACGCCUUCAGCUUCAGCUCAGACACCUCGGGCUCAGAAGAGGAAGAGGAAGUGGAGAACGAAGGAAUGAAUACAUUAAGUACUCAGGGGCCAUCUACCACGGGGGUCUCCAACCUUGGUAUUGCAAUGGAAUUUGGACUGGUCAAAUGUGCCACCCUCACCAUCAACAGAGGAAAAAUAGUGAAAACUGAAGGAAUCAAGAUGCCCUAUGGAUAUUAUAUGAAGAGUUUUAAUGAAGAUGAUCGUUCUAAAUACCUGGGCAUCCAUCAGGCUGACGACAUCAACCACAGUAAAAUCAAGAGGAAGGUUAGAAGUGAAUAUAUCCUGAGAGUGAAGAUCUUAGAAUGCAAACUCAGCGGAGGCAAUACCAUCAGACCAAUUAACACCUGGGCAAUUAAAUAUACAGAUACAUAA